UUGAAAUAUGAGAAUAGCAAACGUGUAUUAAACAUAUUCGUAUAACUUUUUAGCGAUAAUUGAUCGCUCAUCGUAUCAUAAUUAAUUUAAUUAAAUUAAUUAUAAAUACAAUAAGUGUAAUUUAAUUAAUCCAUUUCAUAUAUUUUUAUGUUAAUUAUUAAUUGCACCAUUGCGUUACAUCGAUCAUUGCAACGUGAUGUCAUCGUUGUUGAUUUGGGUUCAGCGGACUACCGUUUUUACCGGCAAAAUAAAUCUAAUCGGCGCUUUUAGAUGGCGUGGGCAGGCAUAAAUUUUAACAAACUGUCAUUAAUUAUGACAGUAAUCCGCAAGAUUUUAAAAUUGAUUAAUAAAUUAUAUCAUUAGCAUUAUACGAAAUCGAGAAAAGCAAAUCACGAUUGAUGACGUGCAUUUUUGCCCCGUUCCUCUUUUGAUAAACACGCUAUUAUAAUAUCCGUGACGUCAUGAUUAUCGCCAUCUUCGACUCGUGUCACUCGUGUGUCAUCCACUGUUGUCGUUGUAAACCUGUUGCCGUCAUCGCAAGAUUCGCAAGUAAUUUGCGAGAUUUCAUUGCGCCUUGCAGGUUUAAUAGGCUUUGAUUGAUCGUUUCGUACAUUUGACUCUUUUAUAGGACUAUGGAGGGUGGCGGUGCAGGUGGAGAAGCGGGCGGGCCGCACAACGCCCAGCAAGCGGGCGCCAGCAACAAGAAGCUGCAGCAAACGCAGGCCACCGUGGACGAGGUCGUAGGCAUAAUGAAGGUUAACGUGGAGAAGGUGUUGGAGCGGGAUCAGAAGCUCUCGGAGCUCGAGAAUCGCGCGGACGCCCUGCAGCAGGGCGCGACGCAGUUCGAACAGCACGCCGGCAAGCUGAAGCGAAAGUACUGGUGGAAGAAUCUCAAAAUGAUGCUUAUCCUCGGUAUCAUUUGCGUCAUUAUCUUAAUCAUCAUUAUUGCUUCGGUUGUGCCAAGUUCGUCUUCGGACAACUCCGAUAACUCUCCGAAAUGAUAGCGUUGUACCAAAGGAAAAGACACGGUGUCAUACCGAACAAACAUCCUCUCUCUUAGGAUAAGUUAUAUAUUUGGUGAAGUACGUAUACAAGGGGGACAACGAGCUAGAAUGAAUUACACGUUUAUCCGUAAUGUUCGUCCGCACAAAAAGAUUGGGAACAACGAGAGAAAACAUAUUUUUUGAGACUUAUUAUUGUAUCGAAGCGCACACGAUUAUUGAGCCUAACAACCAGUAUUAAUAGCGGGUGGCCUUCCAUUUUUUUAAAUACAGCAAAAUAAAUACUUGGGAUAUUCUUACAAUGUUAAUCUUGUUACAGCAAUGCUUAUUAUAAAUUAUAGAUAUAUAAUAUAUAAUGUUUGUACACUCUU